AUGCUAUCUCCCGCAAAUGGUGAAUCCCGUUGGAGGUUCAAUGGUAACGGCCAGCUUGUAGAUUCGGCGACAGCGAGUUGGGAUCUCGCGGAGGAGAUCGGCAAGAUGCAUAUUGGUGCAAACGGUGAUGGCGAUGCGCAGAUCCACACACCUCCGCCAUCGAAGACCAACAUAGCCCAUUUUCAUGAGACAUCCCCGCUUGAGACCUCAUCUGAAGCCAGCCUUGAAUCCGGCUCAUCCAAUGCUCUUGAUCAUCCCAUCAAUCUCGCCAGUCAUUCGCGCGAAUCCUCAGCCGAUACGAGCAUAUCGGCGGCCUCCUCGGCGAGUCAGACAUUGCGAGGCUCUCCCGUUACGCCUUUGAGAAUCGGAGCCGUUGGAGAGGCGAGGAACAGACCGCACUCGUACAGUGGAGGCAUAUCCGCUGCGGACCUCACUCGUCUUCAGCAAGCAGAUGGUAGUCCUCCGAACAAGGGAGAUUCGUGGUCUUCACCCAACGGAACUCCGGAAAGGCAGCCGGUGGCGGAUCAGCCGACGUACCCCUCGUUGACUUUGCAAACAAGUGCUGCCCGCCCGCAAGAGCAUCAACAGGUGAUUCAAGGUUUUCCUGUUCCCCGUGGCGACGAAUUCUCCGCAGAAUAUCAGUUGGCACAGCGUCAGUUCGGUGCUAUGCAUCAAGUACCUGGAAUGAACUCAGCAGCAGCUGGAACAGCGUAUGCUCAGGGAAGGCCUGGUGGUGUUCCUAGCAACGCGGCUACGAAUAUUCCUUACCGUCAGGCCCCCAGAGGGUUCACUCCUCAGCUGCCUACCGUUUUGCAAAGCCCGACCAACUUUGGAUAUCCAGCUCCACCGCCGCCGCCGAUGUCUCUUAACAACGCCCAGCAACAGCUAUAUGAGAUUAUGUUACCUACCCCGCCUCUGGAUAAUCCCGCGAUGGCUCGUUUGCAGCAACAGCACAACGUUUUCCGCGGCGCUCACCAACACUCUCCGUCUGAUCCUGCGUCUGUCCGUGAUCCCGCAGCCCUUGCCCUGAUUAACAACAACAUGCAGGCAUUCGCUGCCAGCCAGAUGUACCCGCCGGCACUUGCGCCGCCGGCAGCAGCACUUUCUAUGUUCGCAAGCCAGUUUUAUGGUGCCCCACAGGACGCGUACCCCUCCCCUGAACUCGCAGCCGUGCAGAUGAUGGUUCGCUUGCAGUCGCAGUAUACCGGCCCGUACAGCUUGCCAAUCGCAGGACAGAAUGUCGGUGUUGCGAAUCCGGCCAAUGCAUCUACCCUCAGUGGGAACACGGGCACAAACACAGGGCCGAGUGCAAACAACCGCAAGCUGGGUCUGUACAAGACUGAACUAUGUCGGAGCUGGGAGGAGAAAGGCAGUUGUCGGUACGGUGCUAAGUGCCAAUUCGCACACGGCGAAGAGGAGCUGCGGAAGGUCACACGGCACCCGAAGUACAAAACGGAGAUAUGCAGGACGUUCUGGGUGUCUGGCUCUUGCCCGUACGGCAAAAGAUGUUGCUUCAUCCACACAGAGCUUCCUGCUUCUGGUGCGCCUCCAGGUGCAGACGGAGCUCCGCCGCCGCAAAACCCUAGCGGACGCGACCGCUCUCCCAGCACGAACAGCGAUCCCAACGAAGUUCCCACCUCGCUUCUUGCGCGAAUCACUGCAAAACGUACGCAGGAAGGAUCAAUCAAUUCAAACACGGGUAGUGUGAGUACGACGCCGCCGUCAGGUGGCUUCCAGCUCGGCGGGCGCCCUGGUUCUCUUCACGUGGACACUUCGGUUGUGAAUCCCGCCGCGAGUUCUAAACAGAACAAAUCCGCCUAUCCCACUUUCGCACACAAUGGGAUGUUGAUGCCUGCUAGCGAAGAAGUCACCGCUAGGUCGCCCGGUCCCGUAACUGCUGGCCCAGACUUUGGCAGGCACUCCAGUUCUAGAUUAGAUAUUGUUGGAACACAGGUAGGUCGAAUUGGCAAAAAUACUGGUACAAACUCUAACGUUCGCCAUUCCUUCAACGGGAGUGAUCUUCAACUCGACUUCUCCACCACUCCCACCGUGGCGAACAUGUCCUCUCAGUUGGGAAAUUCUGAUGCUAACAAGGGUGCAUCGCGCAUCAAUGGCCAUGCUCGUUCCGGCAGCACUGGCAACUGGGGCAAUACCGCUCGCGGCAGUCACCUCACGGCGUACCCACUCUCUUCCAUCCCGGGUGGCGAGCUAAAGGCGAGUUCCCCCUGGGCCGAGUUUUCCGUUGGCUCGCGCCUAGCGGAGAAAAACUGGGUCUAG